GUUUCCUCCUGAGAUUGGGGUUCCUGCCCCUCCCCAACCUGCUGGUUUGCUCGAUGAUGGGGUUUUCCCCGGAGGGAUCGAGAUUAAGUGGUUGAAGAACGGGCAGGAGCAGACUGCGGCGCUGGUGUCCACGGAGCUGCUCCAAAACGGAGACUGGACCUUCCAGAUCCUGGUGAUACUGGAGAUGAGCCCCCGGCGCGGGGACAUCUACACCUGCCAGGUGGAGCACAUCAGCCUGCGGGACCCCCUCACCAUGCACUGGGUGGCGCAGUCUGAUUCCGCCAGGAGCAAGAUGCUGAUGGGGGUCGGGGCCUUCAUGCUGGGGCUGAUCUUCCUGGCACCAGGACUCCUCACCUUCCUGAAGACUAAGAACAGUGAAUGGCUCCAGGAUGGGGCCAGCGGCCCAGGAAAUGAGUCCCCAGUAGGGCCAUGAUGCAAUGGCACUGGAGGGUUUCACUACAAUUUUGACAGGUUUCAGAGUAGCAGCCAUGUUAGUCU